AAGCAGUUAAGUAAACAUCAGUACUUAUCGUUUGAAGUAAUAACCUGGUUAUCAUUUCUUGUGCAUUCUAUCGAAUAUUAUUUCUAAAUCCUAACACAUAAAACUCAAUGGAUACUUGGUUAGCAUGGAAGAUGUUGGUAUCAUCAAUAAUAUUGAUAGCAGGUAGUAAAAGUUGCAAUGUCAUUUACGAUCGUCCCAUUGACGAAUUGAUGGAAGCUAACACCAAAUCACCAUAGUUGGUGCUUAUCAUAAAUCACGUAAAAAAGCAACAUUCUGGGAUAGACGGUGUAAAUUACGGAUCGCUGAUCAAAGAAGACAUCGUCCUUACAGCAGCGUCUAAGAUGCCAAGAUACUCUCCAAGCCAGCUGGAGGUUAUCAUCAAUUGGCAAAAAACUUUCGAGACUAUCUGCGACUCCAGAACAAUAUCAUUCUUCUUCUACUCUCCAAAUUUUGACGAAAACAAGAUAAAACCAAGCGACUGGGUGCUUUUGAAGUUGGAUAAACCCUUCGAGCUCUAUGACAGGGUCGGUAUUAUUCCAUUGGCUGAUAAAAGUUACCAAUGGGAUCCUGAGGAUUGUUUUAUCUAUCGUUGGAUGCCUGUGAAAACAAAAUACAAAGUAGAGUCUGGAUACAUCAUCGAGGAAGAUUGUUACUUUUUUAGGGUAUCAAUUUUAGGGUUUCUACAUCGAGAGUAUCGAGUGUCACUUACUCCAGGUUCAUCCGGGCUCUAUGAUAAGGAAAUGGGCAAGCUACCCGAUAGUUUAGAUUGCAUUAUCGAAUUUUGCUACGGAACCAUUGAUGAAGAAAAAAUCUUCACAAAUAUUAGCUUCGUUGGGAGCCCCAUUGUCUGCAAGCUAGUAGAUCAAGACCAAUACCUUCAAGUCGGGCUUACUACUUUCGUUGGCCAAUGGAUUGCCUAUCCAAAUGAAGAUCAUUUUGACUUUGAAGACAUUACAGAGUAUAAUGAAGCUAGUUUUGUUGAUCUUACCGAGGAUUUUGAUGAGUAUAUUGUUCCUACAGUCUUAACAGAUUAGCAUCCAUUAAGGAUAAAUAAAAUCUAAGUAUCAA